AUGGCUUCUCAAAUAUUGCUCUGUUUUGUUAUUCAUAUUCUUCUUUUCUUUUCACAAUCUUUGGAGACAACAUCAGAAACAACGGAGGAGGGAAGAUCACUUGUGAUGUGGAAGAACACCUUAUUGAAUACUCAUAAUCUUCAUUCAUGGUCCAUUGCUAAUCUUGAAAACAUCUGCUGGAAUUGGAGUGGCAUUAGCUGCAACAAUGGCGGAGAUGUUUAUAAGAUAAAGUUGGAUAAUUUCAGCCUCUCAGGUACACUUGAAAGCUUUGAUUUCCUUUCAUUUCCAAACCUCAAUCAUUUUAGUCUCUAUAAUAACAGUUUCUUUGGACCAAUUCCUUAUUCCAUUGCUAACCUUUCCCAACUAGUUUUCUUGGACCUCAGGUUGAACCGUUUGGUAAAUUUUAUACCUCCAGAGAUAGGAAAAUUAAGUAAUCUUCAGUUCUUGAACCUUGGAUUUAACAAUCUUGAUGGUACAAUUCCCUCCCAAAUAGCCCACCUUCAACACCUUACUUCCCUUUCCUUAUAUUUCAAUUCUUUCACGGGUGAAAUUCCUGAUUCACUUUUCUCCAAUAUGAGCAACCUUCAAACUUUUGAUUGUAGGGGAAAUCUUUUCCAUGGACCAAUUCCAACAAGUUUAAUCAAGCUAUCCAAGCUUAAACAACUUGACCUCCGUGCAAACAAUUUCUAUGGCUCAAUAUCUCCUACAAUUGGAAAUCUAAGCUCGCUAACCAAUCUUCAUCUUAGCUCCAAUAUAUUGCAAGGAAAUAUUCCUGAAACACUAUGCAAUCUUCAUUCCCUUAGCACCCUUUAUUUAUUUAACAAUAAGUUUAGUGGUCCAAUUCCUGAAUGUCUGGGAAAUUUAACCUCAUUAAGGCGUCUUUCUCUUGAUUCCAGUGAAAUGCAUGGGAAUAUGUAUAGAACACUAUGCAAUUUUCACUCCCUUGAAACCCUUCAUAUAUAUAACAAUUGUUUGGGUGAUCUAGUUUCAAACUGCUUGGGGAAUCUAACCUCAUUAAGACAUCUUUCUCUCCAUUCCAACGCGGUGCAAGAAAGUAUUCCAGAAACACUUUGCAAUCUUCACUUUCUUGAAACUCUAUAUUUGUCUUUCAAUAGUUUGACAGAUCCAUUUCCACGAUGUUUGGGGAAUAUAACUUCAUUAAGAUAUCUUUCUCUCAGUUCUAACACUGCGCAAACAAAUAUUCCUGUAACACUUUGCAAUCUUCGCUCCCUUGAGGAGCUACUUUUGUCCUUCAAUAAUUUGGGAGGUUCAAUUCCACAAUGCCUGGGAAACAUAACCUCACUUAGAUCUCUUACUCUAGGCUACAAUGCCUUGCAAGGAAAAAUUCCUGAAACCCUAUGCACUCUUCAUUCCCUUGAUAUUCUUGAUUUAUAUCUCAAUAGUUUGGGAGGUCCAAUUCCACAAUGCUUGGGAAACAUAACCUCACUAAGGUAUCUUUCUCUCAGCUCCAACAUGCUCCAAAGAACUAUUCCUGAUGCCCUAUGUGAUCUUCAUUCCCUUGAGAUUCUCGAUUUAACAAACAACAGCUUGGAUGGUUCAAUUCCACAAUGUUUGGGAAAAUUGAAAAGUCUGGAAACAUUACUUGUUUCUAAAAACCAACUUGGAGGCAUGAUACUUCCAACUUCAACACAUAGAAGUGACAUAAAUCAAACAACAAGUUCUAGCUUGAUUUAUGGGUUAUAUGCUGGGUUGUGUAGUUUGAGAUCCCUGCGAUUUCUUGAUAUGUCCGACAACAAUUUUCAUGGUCUACUACCUUUGUGUUUAGAGAGCUUUAGUAGGGAACUUAAGGUUAUAAAUUUAGCUAGAAAUCAAUUUCAGGGAACCAUUCCAAUAGUAUGCAACGCAAAGGGAAACAACUUGGAGUAUUUCAAUUUGAAUGACAAUCAAUUGGAAGGGCCAUUACCCAGAGGCUUGAGAAAUUGCAGCAAUCUUAAACUUCUUGAUCUUGGAAACAACAAGUUACGUGAUUCAUUCCCUCAUUGGUUGGAUACUCUUCCUGCUUUGCGUGUUCUUAUACUGAGAUCUAAUCAACUUUAUGGUGAAAUAUUUGCUUCUAACACCACACUUCCAUUCCCAAAGUUGCAUAUAUUUGAUAUCUCACACAAUGAGUUCAGUGGUCCUUUACCAAGAUAUUAUAUAGAGAACUUUGAAGCCAUGAAGCAUGCAAAUGAUGAUGAAACAUUGUCAUCUUAUGAAGCUUCAAUAAGCCUAGUGUGGAAAGGGGUGGAGCUUCAAGUGGUGCAUUAUGAUAUCUCGAUAGCCCUUGAUUUAUCUAAUAACUUCUUCCACAGUGAGAUUCCUAAAUCUUUAGGAAAGCUACAUUUCAUUCGGUUUCUCAAUCUAUCCCAUAACCAGCUCACUGGCAAUAUUCCAUCAUUACUAGAAAAGCUAACUGUUCUUGAGUCACUUGAUUUGUCAUCAAACAAACUUGUGGGUGAGAUUCCAAGACAACUUCCAAGAUCAUUGACAUUUCUGGCCAUACUGAAUGUUUCUUCUAAUAAUCUUUUUGGACCUAUACCCCGUGGCUUGCAGUUUGACACAUUUAGCAAUGACUCCUAUUUGGAAAACACAGCUCUUUGUGGAUUACCACUAAUGCUGCAGUGCCAAGACAAGGGCGAAGGGAAAGCACCGGAUGUGAAGGAUGAUUCAGAAGAUUUUUGGAUUGGAUUUGGUUGGCGAAGUGUUGUUGUGGGUUAUUGCUGUGGUGUACCCUUUGGUAUUGUUGUUGGAUAUGCCAUAUUUAAGUAUGGAAAACCUGGAUGGCUCAUAAGGUUACUACUUGGGGAAGUGAAAGUCGAAGUGUAA